AUGGCUGUUGGAGAGGUUGCUGUGUCCCCCGGGAGCGAGCACCCACUGGGCACUGUCCUCACAGCAGCCGGGUCAAUGAAGGGGAAUCCAAGCAGGAAGCCCUGGUGCCCAGGUGGCAGGGCUGUGGGUGGAGGGGUACGGAGGGAUGGAGGGGACCCAGCGUUCACACCGCGCCCUCUUCCUGCCUUCGCAUUUCUCACACCAGCCAAGAGCUGGUGGCUCCCUGAAUGGGGGGAGCGCAGGGGGAAGCUCCCGACCCUGAUGGGGAAAGGCAUCCUUCUGGGACUCUGGGUAGCAUCUUGGAAAGCGAAGGCCUGCCUGAGGCUGAUGUCGCUACGAUUUAAGACACCGAUCGGGUGUAUCCAACACACACUGCCUUAUCUCAGACCCUGCGUCAGAAACAUUGCAUCCCGGAGGAGAGUGCCCUUGCCAAGCCUUCCUGCCGUUACCAGGGGCAGCAGCCGUCUGCUGGGUGCUGUGCUGAACCGAAAUACAACAUGUACCCCAGGGACGGCCACGUGCCGUGUGACCUACCCCGAGAAGAUGGAAACUGCCUGGUGUUUCGGCCCCAUCUCAUCGCGCCACAGUUCCUGUUUGUUUUUCCACUGCCCUGUUCCAAGAUGUCCAUGGAGGGGCCUAUGUGGACAGUCUGCGUGUAUCCCCAUCACCCCACACACCCGCCUGCUGCCCACACCGGCGUGGAUCCGGAAGUGGGGUUGGGGUGAGGAGACCCAGGAUGACACGAACACAAUGCCCGGGGACAACUCGGUGCAGGACGGAGACCCAGGGCAGGGCUGCAGGGGAGCACCAACGACCAAGAGGAGACCAGAUGAGUUUUCAAGGCAGUCCUCACACACCCAGGACACAUGUCAUCCUUUGCCUCGUGCUUUCUGCAAUGCCGCUGCUCGCAUUCAUCUUCUUACUGACCCUUGCCAUAAUAUCCCUUCCUGAGCAUCACCUUUCCCCAUUCACCACCCACUCAGUGCUUUCUCUGAGAUGCCCCUCCCUAGGAAGUGGCUUUGCUUUCUGUUUGGCAAGCUUCCCUUUGAGUUAUAUCCAGAUGGCUACCGUUAGUUUUCCUUUGCUCCACGUCUACCUUGUGCCAGACUCAGCCCCUGGUCAGGUCAACCACAGAAAAUCCUACCUCUUCCAAAAUGAAGUUGCAAGACAUUCUGCCAGAACAGUCACACUCAAUGAAGGGACCAGCGGUGUAUCUGAGUGUGAUGUCAUUGAAGCCAGAUGGAAGGCUCAGGAAUCCCCGAAUCCCAGUUAGAUGCAGUAAAAGUAUUUAGUACUGACUGUUGAGACUGAUUAAGAAGGUGGGGAUAGGAAGGAGGAGGAAGAGAAAGAGCCUCAGAAUUGAAUUGUCCCUGAAUACAGAAUGGAAUCAUUGAGAUUUUUUUCUCCAAUUAAAUAUGCAUCUCAUUC